AUGGAAACGGAGAAAGAAGCAGAAGAUGUAAAUAGUAUGGAAAUUAGACAACGUAAGGAGAAAAAAGAGUUGCAAGCCCAAAUUCAAGCAUUGAAAAAAGUAGCUAAAAAUGACAAAACAAAAAAGAAAGAUCUUGCUGCUGAAAUAUCAAGGCUUGAAAGUGAAUUAGAAAUUAGACACAAUAAGGAGAUUAUGGAAGCAAAACUUUCUUCUGAACACAACUUAGAACCAAUGGUAGAUGAAACAAGAGUUAUCAAAACAAAAGUAUCUAAAGCGCAACGGCGCCGAGAUAAAAAAUCAGAACAAGAGAAAAUCCGCGAAGAAGAAAUAAAACUUCAAGACAAGGAAAAUGUUCAUGGAGCUAGGAACAUUGAAAUACAAACUAUUACCAAAAGGCUUGAAGAAAAAAAUUUGAAAAUUUUUACUGUUCCAUCAGAUGGAGAUUGUUUAUACAAAGCUGUAAGUCAUCAGUUGCAACUUGUGAAACAAGAGACUGUAAGCGUGGAUGAAUUGAGAGAAAAAGUUUCAAAUUACAUAAGGGAUAACAAAGAUGAUUUCAAACCUUUCAUGUGUAACCCAGAAACACUAGAAACAUUAACAGAUGAGGAAUUUGAAGAUUAUUGUCAUAAAAUAAUGAAUACCAAAGAUUGGGGUGGUCAAUUAGAACUUAGAGCCUUGUCAAAUAUUUUAAAGUGUCCGAUAAAUGUGAUACAAGCUGUCGGACCUGAUUGUAUAGAGCAAGGCACAGAAUUUGAAGGCCCACCAUUGAUAAUCACAUAUCACAGGCACAUGUAUAGCUUAGGUGAACAUUAUAAUUCAACCAAUCUGAUUUCAGUUAGUGAGAAUACCUCAUAAAAUACAAAUAACUUUAAAUAUAAAAAACAGAUGUGCAUAAUUCAAGAAAAGAGAAAAUAAUAAUUCAUUUUUUAUAAAGUUAGGUAAAAAGGACAUUGGAAAUGGUAACAAAUACAGUUUAGUAUAUAAUAAAAACAUUACAUAA